AUGGACGACGGCGGGAUCCAGGAGGAGCCGCCGUCGGCGCGGUUCCUGACGCCGACGCGCUCGGGGGGCACGCGCUGGGUGGACGGCAGCGAGGUCGACUCGUCCGAGUCCGCCGCGUUGUCGCUCGGCGACGAGCGGUCGGGGGAGACCGUCUCCGCCGAGGGGAGCGCCGCGGCCACGGGCCCGGCGUCGCGGGUGUCCUCUGGCACGUUCCGGCGGCGGCUCGGGAAGCGGCCCCGGCGGGUGGACUCGCUCGACGUCGAGGCCAUGAACGUCCGCGGCGCGCACGGGCACAGCAGCAAGGAAUUGACGAUGUUGAGCACCAUCGCGAUGGCUUUUCAAACCCUCGGCGUGGUCUACGGAGACAUGGGGACAAGCCCUCUCUAUGUCUUCAGUGAUGUGUUCAGCAAGGUGCCCAUAAAGUCGGAGGUUGAGAUCUUGGGAGCACUUUCGCUGGUCAUGUACACGAUCGCGUUAAUACCUUUUGCGAAAUACGUGUUUAUAGUGCUCAAAGCUAAUGACAAUGGCGAAGGGGGCACUUUUGCACUUUAUUCAUUGAUUUGCAGGUAUGCAAAAGUUAGCCUGCUUCCGAAUCAGCAGCGUGUGGAUGAAGAUAUAUCUAGUUUUAGGCUCAAGUUGCCAACUCCUGAACUUGAGCGUGCUAUGUUUGUCAAAGACUGCCUAGAAAAGAAGCCGCUGUUCAAGAACAUUCUCCUGUUCUUGGUUCUGAUGGGGACUUCCAUGGUGAUUGGCGAUGGCAUUCUCACUCCGUCAAUGUCAGUCAUGUCUGCUGUCAGUGGUCUCCAGGGUCAAGUUCCAGGAUUCGACACAGAUGCUGUUGUAAUUGUCUCCAUCAUAGUUCUUCUGCUACUCUUUAGCGUGCAGAGGUUCGGGACUGGCAAAGUUGGAUUCAUGUUUGCUCCUAUUUUGGGACUCUGGUUUAUUAAUUUGAGCUCCAUCGGAAUAUAUAAUAUUGUUAAGUAUGAUAUAUCUGUUGUGAGAGCAUUCAAUCCGGCGUAUAUAUACUUGUUUUUCCAAACAAAUGGCAUGAAGGCAUGGUCAGCUCUUGGUGGUUGUGUCCUGUGCAUCACAGGAGCUGAAGCAAUGUUUGCUGAUUUGGGCCAUUUCUCUGUCAAAUCAAUACAGGUUGCAUUUACCGCUGUCGUAUUCCCCUGUCUGCUUAUUGCUUACAUGGGCCAAGCUGCAUUUUUGAUGAAAAAUCCACUUGCUGUAGAAAGAAUAUUUUAUGAUUCUGUACCAGGAGUUCUAUUCUGGCCAGUAUUUGUGAUUGCUACACUUGCUGCUAUGAUUGCCAGCCAAGCUAUGAUAUCUGCAACAUUCUCUUGCAUAAAGCAGGCGAUGGCUCUUGGCUGCUUUCCUAGGAUUAAGAUAAUCCAUACUUCCAAGAAAAUCAUGGGCCAGAUUUACAUACCUGUGAUGAAUUGGUUUCUUAUGGUCAUGUGCAUCAUCAUUGUGGCCACUUUCAGGAGUACCAAUGAUAUUGCCAAUGCCUAUGGUAUUGCUGAAGUUGGUGUCAUGAUGGUUAGCACUGUACUGGUGACUUUGGUGAUGCUUCUUAUAUGGCAAACCAACUUGUUUCUUGUGCUGUGCUUUCCUAUUCUUUUUGGUGCAGUGGAGUUUGCUUACUUAACUGCCGUUCUGUCAAAGAUACGAGAAGGAGGGUGGUUACCGCUGGCUUUCUCCUCACUGUUUCUCUGCAUAAUGUACACAUGGAACUAUGGAAGUGUGUUGAAAUACCAGAGUGAGAUGCGGGGCAAGAUAUCCCUGGACUUCAUUCUUGACCUCGGAGCCACACUUGGCACUGUAAGAGUUCCAGGCAUUGGACUUGUGUACAAUGAAUUGGUCCAGGGGAUCCCAUCAAUCUUUGGCCAACUGUUGGUCACGCUGCCAGCCAUGCAUUCCACGAUCGUUUUUGUUUGCAUAAAAUAUAUCCCCGUCCCAUAUGUCCCACUUGAAGAAAGGUUCUUGUUCCGAAGGGUUGGCCAGAAGGACUACCACAUGUUCCGCUGCGUCGCACGCUAUGGUUAUAAAGAUGUUAGGAAGGAGGAUCAUGGCUUCUUUGAGCAGCUUCUGGUCGAGAGUCUUGAGAAAUUUCUGAGGAGGGAAGCCCAGGAAAUCGCACUUGAGACAAGCACAAUGGAGGCUGAGCGUGAUGACAUAUCUGUUGUAUCUGAGGUGCCUCAGUCUCCUGCUUGUGAAGGUGAUCUGCGAACUCCACUGCUUUCUGAUCAGAGAUCUGGUGAUGACAACAGAAUGGGCACCAGAGAUGAUAGUGCUCCUGUGCUUCCCUCCAGUUCCAUGUCUGCAGAAGAAGACCCCGCAUUAGAGUACGAGCUGGAAGCUCUGAGAGAAGCCAUGGCAUCUGGGUUCACGUAUCUCUUAGCUCACGGCGAUGUGAGGGCGAGGAAGGAGUCAUUCUUCACGAAGAAGUUUAUUAUCAACUAUUUCUACGCAUUCCUGAGGAGGAACUGCAGGGCUGGCACUGCAACUCUGAAGGUUCCCCACUCGAACAUCAUGCGUGUCGGUAUGACGUACAUGGUUUGAUGGGGGCUGCUACAAUUGCGCCACAAGACUGAACCGUAAGUCUUGGAUGGCAUGCCGCACCAGCUUGUAGUUUAGAGAUUGUACUGCAGUACUGAUUGAAUUCAUUGCUGCCUCUUGCCAUCUGCUCGGAAUUUUAGUCACGGAUAUGGCUGUACAUGUUUGAUUUUCCAUUCCUUUAUCCCCUUGAUCGGCCUGUCUUCAGUUGUUUGUAUGAUAUCUGUGGAGACUAUCUGUAUGAGCAGCUAUGUUUCUGCCAUCAUCUCUUGUGUGUAUCCUAACACUCCUUUGCAUUUGUUGACCCUUCAAAUAUUGCAGUGGGGGCAAAUGCCAAAUAUUGGACCUGGCCUCCACAUGCUACGUUGUACAUAAUUCUGUGUACUUUAUUGUUAUGUAUUACUUGUGAUUGUAAGAAA